AUGUCGCACGGUUAUAAAGGGCGGGCCUCGGCCCUGUGCCAGCACUCGCCUCCCGCCUCUCCUAGCGCCAUCACCAUGAUGCACUGGCUGGGUCUGCUGGCGCUGCUGGGAGCGGUGGGUGGCAAAGUGUACGAAAACUGCGAAUUCGCCAAGGAACUCAGGGACAUUUACGAGUUCCCUACAGACCAGAUCUCCACCUGGGUGUGCAUCGCCGAUCUUGCGUCCUGGUUGAGAACGAGAAACGUAAGGUAUCCGAAUGACAGCCCAAGCGAACUCGGCAUCUUUGGAAUCAGUGAAGGGAAGUGUCUCUCAGAAAAAAAGAACGGCCCUCCCAAACCUGGUCAAAUAUGCAAUGUGACCUGCGACAAGUUAUUGGACGACGACAUCGCCGACGAUGCGGAGUGCGCCAAACAAAUUUACGCCGAAAACAUGAGGAAGAAGGGCAACGGCUUUGCCUCUUGGGACGCAUAUCGG